GAUUUGUAAGUUUACCUGUUGCAGCCAAUAACAGGGCCAUCUCAGCCAGCCAGCACUGGAUACUAUCUGGCCAGAAGUAGCAAAGCAGCUCUUAUUUGAAAAGCCACUGGGUUCUGAGUUCAUUACUACAGCAAAAACUGUUCUCUUCUGUGGCACAGAGAACCUUGCUUCAAAGCAGAACUAGCAGCUCGGGAGUCCAGCUGACUAAAACCCAUCCCAGGGGAUAAUGGCAACCCAUGCCUUAGAAAUUGCUGGGCUGUUUCUUGGUGGUGUUGGAAUGGUGGGCACAGUGGCUGUCACCGUCAUGCCUCAGUGGAGAGUGUCGGCCUUCAUUGAAAACAACAUCGUGGUGUUUGAAAACUUCUGGGAAGGACUGUGGAUGAAUUGCGUGAGGCAGGCUAACAUCAGGAUGCAGUGCAAAAUCUAUGAUUCCCUGUUGGCUCUUUCUCCGGACCUACAGGCAGCCAGAGGACUGAUGUGUGCUGCUUCCGUAAUGUCCUUCUUGGCUUUCAUGAUGGCCAUCCUUGGCAUGAAAUGCACCAGGUGCACGGGGGACAAUGAGAAGGUGAAGGCUCACAUUCUGCUGACAGCUGGAAUCAUCUUCAUCAUCACGGGCAUGGUGGUGCUCAUCCCUGUGAGCUGGGUUGCCAAUGCCAUCAUCAGAGAUUUCUAUAACCCGAUAGUGAAUGUUGCCCAAAAACGUGAGCUUGGAGAAGCCCUCUACUUAGGAUGGACCACUGCACUCGUGCUCAUUGUUGGAGGAGCCCUGUUCUGUUGUAUUUUUUGUUGCAACGAAAAGAGCAGUAGCUACAGAUACUCGAUACCCUCCCAUCGCACAACCCAAAGAAGUUAUCACAUGGAAAAGAAGUCACCGAGCGUCUACUCCAGAUCUCAGUAUGUGUAGUUGUGUAUGUUUUUAUAACUUUACUAUAAAGCCAUGCAAAUGAUUAAAAUCUCUAUUAUUUUCUCAAAAUGGACCCCAAAGAAACUUUGAUUUACUGUUCUUAACUGCUUAAUCUUAAUUACAGGAACUGUGCAUCAGCUAUUUAUGAUUCUAUAAGCUAUUUCAGCAGAAUGAGAUAUUAAACCCAAUGCUUUUAUUGUUCUAAAGUACAGUAAUUUGUUUUCUAAGAUGAUUCAAGCGCCCACUAUUUUUAUCAUUUACUUCAAAAUGACAUUGCUAAAGACUGCAUUAUUUUACCACUGUAAUUUCUCCAUGACAUAGCAUUAUGUACAUAGAUGAGUGUAACAUUUAUAUCUUACAUAGAGACAUGCUUAUAUGGUUUUAUUUGAAAUGAAAUGCCGAUCCAUUACACUGAAUAAAUAGAACUCAACUAUUGCUUUUCAGGGAAAUCAUGGAUAGGAUUGAAGAAGGUUUCUAUUAAUUGUUUAAAAACAGCUUAGGGAUUAAUGUCCUCCGUUUAUAAUGAAGGUUAAAAUGAAGGCUUUAAUCAGCAUUGUAAAGGAAAUUGAAUGGCUUUCUGAUAUGCUGUUUUUUAGCCUAGGAGUUGGAAAUCCUAACUUCUUUAUCCUCUUCUCCCAGAGGCUUUUUUUUUCUUGUAUAUUAAAUUAACAUUUUUAAAAAGCAGAUAUUUUGUCAAGAGGCUUUGCAUUCAAACUGCUUUUCCAGGGCUACACUCAGAGGAAAGAUAAAAGUGUGAUCUAAGAAAAAGUGAUGGUUUUAGAAAAGUGAAAAUAUUUUUUCUUAUUAUGUUUUUAUAUUUGAAGAAGAAUGAUGCAUUUUGACAAGAAAUCAUUUAUGUAUGGGUGUAUUUUAAUAAGUAUUUGAGUACAGACUUUGAGGUUUCAUCAAUAUAAAUAAAAGAGCAGAAAAAUAUGUCUUGGUUUUCAUUUACUUACCAAAAAAACAACAACAACAAAAAAUAAAGUUGUCCUUUGAGAACUUCACCUGCUCCUAUGCGGGUACCUAAGUCAAAAUUGACAUUUUUGUUCUGUGAAAAAUAAAUUUCCUUCUUGUACCAUUUCUGUUUAGUUUUACUAAAGUCUGUAAAUACUGUAUUUUUCUGUUUAUUCCAAAUUUGAUGAAACUGACAAUCCAGUUUGAAAGUUUGUGUCAAUGUCUGUCUAGCUUAAAUGAAUGUGUUCUAUUUGCUUUAUACUUUUAUAUUAAUAAAUUGUACUUUUUUCUAAUUA